AUGCAGGAGAGGGAUGGGAGAGGGAUGGCGCUGGGAUCGUCAUGUUGCGUCUGUCUUCUCGCGGAAUGGAAAAAUCAAGAGAACCAGUGUCCAGUCUUACCAGUUUUGACCCUGGUUAAAGAUUUUGUGAAUCGAAGCUCAACGGCUUCCAUCAAUCUUAUCCAAAGUGUUGUCCAGGAUCAGACGGACUGCAGUCUGCCCAUUGUUGGAGCCGGACACGAGUGUGCAGAUUCUGUGCAGCGGCUCGUCACAGGUAAUCCGCAUCAAAGACUAAACCUCCCAGCUUGGCCGGUGAGGGGAGGCACAGUCCUGACGGUUUCGCAUUGA